AUGAUUACUUUACUAGAUUUCUACCAUGUUAUGACUGCAAUGGUGCCACUUUACGUGGCCAUGAUCUUGGCCUAUGGCUCGGUGAAAUGGUGGAAGAUCUUCACUCCUGAUCAGUGCUCAGGCAUCAACCGUUUUGUGGCUCUUUUUGCAGUCCCUCUUCUGUCUUUCCACUUCAUAUCUACCAAUAAUCCUUACAAAAUGAACUUUCGUUUCUUAGCUGCUGAUACUCUACAAAAGAUCAUAGUUUUAGUAGUAUUAGCGUUUUGGAGUAAGUUGAGUAAAAGGGGUUGCUUGGAAUGGACCAUCACAUUGUUCUCUCUUUCAACUCUGCCAAACACUCUUGUUAUGGGCAUUCCUUUGCUCAAAGGAAUGUAUGGUGAAUAUUCUGGUAGUUUAAUGGUGCAAGUUGUUGUUCUUCAAUGUAUCAUUUGGUACACUUUGAUGCUGUUUUUGUUUGAAUAUAGGGGUGCCAAAUUGCUCAUCUCUGAGCAAUUCCCAGACACCGCAGGUUCCAUUGUGUCAAUCCAUGUUGAUUCUGAUAUCAUGUCACUUGAUGGUAGACAGCCUCUAGAAACUGAAGCAGCGAUCAAAGAAGAUGGAAAGCUACAUGUCACUGUUAGGAAAUCCAAUGCUUCAAGGUCAGAUAUUUUUUCAAGAAGAUCUCAAGGUCUAUCAUCAACAACACCAAGACCAUCGAAUCUCACAAAUGCAGAGAUUUACUCUUUACAAUCAUCAAGAAACCCAACUCCAAGAGGGUCUAGUUUCAACCACACAGAUUUCUACUCGAUGAUGGCUGCUGGUAGAAACUCAAAUUUUGGUGCUUCAGAUGUUUAUGGACUAUCAGCAUCUCGAGGGCCAACACCCAGGCCAUCAAAUUUUGAAGAAGAACAUGGUGGAAGUAACAAACCAAGGUUCCAUUACCACGCGCCAGGUGGUGCAACUCAUUAUCCAGCACCAAACCCUGGCAUGUUUUCUCCAACAACUGCUGCAUCCAAAGGCGUUACUGCAAAUGCUAAUAAUGCUGCUGCAAAGAAGCCUAAUGGCCAAGCCCAACAGAAGGCUGAAGAUGGUAGGGACCUUCACAUGUUUGUUUGGAGUUCAAGCGCUUCUCCUGUUUCAGAUGUUUUUGGAGGUCACGAAUAUGGCGCCCAUGACCAGAAAGAUGUCAGACUUGCUGUAUCUCCUGGAAAAGUCGAGGGACAGAGAGAAAAUCAGGAGGACUAUAGUUUGGAGAGAGAUGAUUUUAGCUUUGGAAAUAGAGGACUGGACAGAGAAAUGAAUAACCAUGAAGGGGAGAAAGUCGGUGGUGUUGAUGGGAAAUCAAAAGCAAUGCCUCCAACAAGCGUCAUGACAAGGCUUAUACUCAUCAUGGUCUGGAGGAAACUUAUCAGAAACCCCAACACUUACUCCAGCUUAAUUGGUCUCACUUGGUCUUUAGUUUCAUUCAGGUGGGACGUAAAGAUGCCUGCCAUUGUGGCACAGUCCAUUUCCAUCCUGUCAGAUGCAGGGCUUGGCAUGGCAAUGUUCAGCCUUGGUCUGUUCAUGGCUUUGCAACCAAGGAUCAUAGCAUGUGGAAAUUCCAUUGCAGCCUUUGCGAUGGCUGUGAGAUUCCUUACAGGUCCAGCUGUCAUGGCAGCUGCUUCCAUUGCUGUUGGUCUUAGAGGCACGCUCUUACACGUUGCCAUUGUUCAGGCAGCUCUACCCCAAGGAAUUGUCCCCUUUGUCUUUGCUAAGGAGUACAAUGUGCAUCCUGAUAUUCUCAGUACAGCUGUCAUUUUCGGGAUGCUAAUUGCAUUGCCUAUAACUCUGGUGUACUACAUUUUAAUGGGGCUAUGA